GGGCGGUUCCCCUUCCUUCCCUCCAUGUGAGCAGUUUUCCGAAACCCCGUGCGCGAAGGGCUGCCGAGAGAAGUAGACCGGUGGCCGUGCCAGGAACAUGAGGCAGCGUCUCCUCUUCCUGGCCAGCUUAGUUCCUCUCGUGCUGGCGCCGCGACCCCCGGACGCCUCGGGUGAGGCCCUGGAGAGGCUGGAUUCUUUGCUCUCAGACUACGACAUCCUUUCUUUAUCUAGUAUCCAGCAGCACUCUGUAAGGAGAAGGGAUCUUCAGCCUUCAACACAUUUAGAAAUGCAACUAACUUUUUCAGCUUUGAAAAGGCAUUUUAAAUUGUAUCUAACAUCAAGUACUGAGCGCUUUUCACAAAAUUUCAAAGUCGUCGUGGUGGAUGGCGAGGCAGAAAGCGAGUAUGCCGUCAGGUGGCAGGACUUCUUCAGCGGCCACAUGGUCGGUGAGCCUGAUUCUAGGGUCCUGGCCCACAUAGGAGAUGAUGAUGUUACCAUAAGGAUCAACACAGACGGGGCAGAGUAUAACAUAGAGCCACUCUGGAGAUUUGUUAGUGAUACUAAAGACAGAAGAAUGCUGGCUUACAGAUCGGAAGACAUCAGGAAUGUUUCACGCUUGCAGUCUCCCAAAGUGUGUGGCUAUGUGAAACUGGAAGAUGAGGAGCUGAUUCCGAAAGGGCUGAUGGACAGGGAGCCGCCGGGAGAGUUUGUCCAUCGGGUGAAGAGAAGAGCCGACCCGGAUCCCAUGAAGAACACGUGUAAACUACUGGUGGUUGCAGAUCAUCGCUUUUAUAAGUACAUGGGCCGCGGGGAGGAGAGCACCACCACCAAUUACCUGAUAGAGCUAAUUGACAGAGUUGAUGACAUCUAUCGGAACACUUCAUGGGAUAAUGCGGGCUUUAAAGGUUAUGGAAUACAGAUAGAGCAGAUUCGCAUUCUCAAGUCUCCACAAGAGGUGAGACCUGGCGAAAGGCAUUACAACAUGGCGAAGAGUUACCCGCACGAGGAGAAGGAUGCGUGGGAUGUGAAGAUGCUGCUGGAGCAAUUCAGCUUUGAUAUAGCCGAGGAAGCAUCAAAAGUCUGCCUGGCUCACCUUUUCACGUACCAGGAUUUUGACAUGGGGACGCUCGGAUUGGCCUACGUGGGCUCUCCUAGAGCGAACAGUCACGGAGGCGUCUGUCCCAAGGCUUAUUAUAGUCCUGUUGGGAAGAAAAAUAUCUAUUUGAAUAGUGGUUUGACCAGCACAAAAAAUUAUGGUAAAACCAUCCUCACAAAGGAAGCAGACCUGGUCACCACUCAUGAACUGGGGCACAACUUCGGAGCAGAACACGAUCCAGACGCCCUACCUGAAUGUGCGCCAAACGAGGACCAGGGCGGGAAAUACGUGAUGUACCCCAUCGCCGUGAGCGGUGACCACGAGAACAACAAGAUGUUUUCCAACUGCAGUAAGCAGUCUAUCUAUAAGACCAUCGAGAGCAAGGCCCAGGAGUGCUUCCAGGAGCGCAGCAACAAGGUGUGCGGCAACUCCAGGGUAGACGAGGGGGAAGAGUGCGACCCCGGUAUCAUGUACCUCAACAACGACACCUGCUGCCACAGCGACUGCACGCUGAGGCCGGGUGUGCAGUGCAGUGACAGGAACAGUCCGUGCUGUAAGAACUGCCAGUUCGAGACGGCCCAGAAGCGGUGCCAGGAGGCCAUCAAUGCUACCUGCAAGGGCGUGUCCUACUGCACAGGGAACAGCAGCGAGUGCCCCCCACCUGGGAACGCAGAGGAUGACACGGUCUGCCUGGACCUGGGCAAGUGCAAGGAUGGGAAGUGCAUCCCCUUCUGUGAGCGCGAACAGCAGCUGGAGUCCUGCGCCUGCAAUGAAACUGACAACUCGUGCAAGGUGUGCUGCAGGGACUUGUCUGGCCGUUGUGCACCCUACGUUGAUGCUGAGCAGAAGAACUUAUUUCUGAGGAAAGGGAAGCCGUGUACAGUAGGCUUCUGUGACAUGAACGGCAAAUGUGAGAAACGAGUACAGGAUGUGAUCGAGCGGUUCUGGGACUUCAUUGACCAGCUGAGCAUCAACACGUUUGGGAAGUUUUUAGCAGACAACAUCGUGGGGUCCGUCCUGGUUUUCUCCUUGCUGUUCUGGAUUCCCUUCAGCAUUCUUGUCCAUUGUGUGGAUAAGAAGCUGGAUAAGCAAUAUGAGUCUCUGUCCCUGUUCCACCCCAGCAAUGUGGAGAUGCUGAGCAGCAUGGACUCGGCGUCCGUGCGUGUCAUAAAGCCCUUCGCCGCGCCGCAGACCCCGGGCUGCCUGCAGCCGCUGCCCCCAGGCCCUGCCAUGCCGCCCGUGGCCGUGGCCCCGAAGCCGGAGCACCAGAGGAUGGACACCAUCCAGGAGGACCCCAGCACUGACUCGCACACGGACGAGGACGGCCUCGACAAGGACCCCUUCCCCACCAGCAGUGCAGCCGCGAAGUCCUUCGAGGACCUCACCGACCACCCGGUCACCCGGAGUGAGAAGGCUGCAUCCUUCAGGCUGCAGCGGCAGAGCCGUGUGGACAGCAAGGAGACGGAGUGCUAGUGCCCCCCGCGGUCACCCUGGUCACUCUGCAGAGGUGAGGGCUGUGGCCUGUGCGGGCAGUCGGGUUCUCAGCGUGAGCGAGCUGUGGCGCCGAGCAGGACGCGUGCUUCUGCACACCUGCCUGUCCCAGAGGUAACGCACUGAGGAGGGAGCGCCAGGCGCUCUUCCGCACGCCCGACUGAGGAGCGUGUGUAGUCAUUUGGGAGGACAACUGGAACUUUUUUUUGCCUUCAAGGAAAGGAAAAGAGACAGACCUGGUUACUCAUUACCUCCAUGCUGUCACUUUGUUCCUGGUAUUCCCCAAAGCUUUUCACAGCAGGGACAAUCUUACGUGAAACGAACUUGGCUCAGUGUCCCUACCUGACUGAAGCCAGCUGUACUGGGAUUAGGAGGACUGUGGUUAGGGCCAGCUGCAUGCAGACCCCAGCUCACUGUGCAUCUCUGGUGCUGGCAGCCUGGGCCUCCGCACUUCGCCCUGGCCUGGCCCUUUUACAAGUUUUGAGCCUCGGUCUUAGGAGAUCACCCCAGCCACACACUCCUACCUGCUAGUGCAGAGGUUAGCUCUUUGGGGCAGAGGGUGACCUGCGAGACCCACCUACGGACGCUGUCCAGGCUCUCAGGGUGCUGCCCGCCCAUGCGGGCAGGACGUGGAGGGCUCAGACCUGUGCUGCCUGUGCCUUUCUUCCCAGCGCUAUGUCCCGCAGAUGUUAUACUGUACUUGAACUUGUACCUGGGCAUUUGCUCACUCCUGCCUAGUCACACUACUCUUGUAUUUCAGUUACACUUUCAGAAUCUGACACAAGGUGAGUUGGGCUUGUG